AAACUGGUCCUUCGUUUUUAAAGUGGAACCAGUUUAAUGCACAUGAAGAAUAAAAACAGUCACUGUUGACAGUGUUUUAAGAAUGAAUUGAUGAAACAGUAAUAAAAAAAGUCCGUGAUCACUCGGAAGAAGAGACAAGCAAAGAUAUGGCUUCAGGGCCACCAAACGUUAAACGAAAACGAACAGAUUUUGAUGAUGAAUACGGAACAGAGCCCUCUACACAGAACACAGCAACAGAACUAAAAUCUUGUACAUCAAAUUCCAGUGGCAGUUCCCCCAACAUUGUAUCGGUCUCUAGGAGUUUCACACCUUCAGCUUCUUUAACGCACAGGGAUUCUCACAAACAAACUCCAUCAACUGAUCGCAAAGUGUUAUCUCCAUCACCAAUACCAGAGAAACUAAGUGACUGGACCAGAAAAAUAAUUGAAGAUCUCAGUAUUAAAGUUGAGUUUCAACCUGAAACCAGGCCAUUCGAUCUGUUAACAAGACCACCUCCUUGCACGGGAGGAUUAGGCAUUCGCCUCAGUGUUUAUGAUGUAGAGAGAAUACAAAAGUGUCAAGGCGAGAAGAGUAAGAAAGUUUCAUUUCUUGCAGAGUUUGUAAAGAGAAGUGGAUUUAUAGAUAUGAUACAGAAUUUGAAUUACACUGCAUUUCAAGGCUUAAACAUUGAUAUGCUACACAAACUGAACUCGUACAAGGAUCGUUGUUUUCUUCCUAGUUUUGGUCUGCCUUGUGAACUUGCACCGUGGUUUAGAAGGUUUGAUACUUACGGGAAAAGUUUCAUGUAUGUUCUGUCAAGAAUGGUUGAAAAUGUGAUACAGGGCGUUCCAAACUCAAAGCAUCAAUACCGUCAUCUGUUCGACACCUUAGUCAAAAUGUUUGGAAUGGAAAGCGGAAUCAGUUUUGAACAUGGUCUUCUUGAACAGACAUUACAAAUGGGCAAUGUUGACGAGAAGGGUUUUGAACCGGAUAUCAUCUAUGCUCAUCACCGGAUUAAUGGAUUUGAAAAUAAGCUGGAGACACCUCGUAUAGUCGUGAUUUGUGAGGUAAGGGAAGAUAAGCCAGUGCUGCCAUGCAUUGAUGUAUCACCUCCAAAUAACAACACCAAAGGAAAGACAAUCAGUGCAAAUAAUCCAGAAUUGUCAUCAACGACAGCGAAAAAGGAACAGGCGCUCAAAACCGUGUCAAGGUUGUCUGAAAAAAACAUUGGUCAGCACUGUGGAGAACUUCUGUUCAAGCGCGAUCAGUCCAUUGAUUAUAAUUCAGUGUUUGGCAUUAUUGUCCAACAAACUCAAGUAAGUGCAUGAAAUUAUAAGUACACAUGUAUUUUUACUUUCUUUGAAAGAAAAGCAUUAGUGGCAUAUUAGAACCACUCUGAUCAUGUGACUGUUGUCGUGCUGAUAGACAAAUAUAGAAAUUUAGAUUAUGUUGUCUUUGAAAUCCAUAUAGAUAGAGAAAAGUCAUGGGUUCUUUUCUCUUGGGCUUGAAUCAGUGAAAUAUUUCUUGUCGAAGAGUUACAGAUGAAUGGCACACCAGAAAAAAUGUAUUGGGUGGAAAGUGGAGGAUUCGUACAAUAAUGUUUUGAAACUGAAACCUAAUGUGGUGAAUAAAGCAGUUUUUAGCUCACCUGAGCUAAAAGCUCAAGUGAGCUUUUCUGAUCACCCGUAUUCUGGCGUCCGUCUAGCCGUCCGUCCGUCCGUUCAUCCCUCCGUCCAUCUGUAAACUUUUAACAUUUUUGACUUCUUCUCAAAAACCAUUGGGCCAAUUUCAACCAAAGUUGGCACAAAGCAUCCUUAGGUAAAGGGAAUUCUAAAUUGUUAAAAUAUAGGGCCAGGCCACCUUCCAAGGGGGAUAAUCAAGAAAGGGUAAAAAUAGAGUAGGGUCAUUAAAAAAUCUUCUUCUCAAGAACCACUGAGCCAGAAAAGAUGAAAUUUAUAGAUGAGCUUUAUUAGGUAGUGCAGAUUCUAAAUUGUUAAAAUCAUGGCCCCCGGGGAUUGGAUGGGGCCACAAUAGGGGAUCAAAGUUUUACAUACAAAUAUAUAGGAAAAAUCUUCUUCUCAAGAACCACUGAGCCAGAAAAGCUGAGAUUUAUAGAUGAGCUUUAUUAGGUAGUGCAGAUUCUAAAUUGUUAAAAUCAUGGCCCCCGGGGAUUGGAUGGGGCCACAAUAGGGGAUCAAAGUUUUACAUACAAAUAUAUAGGGACAAUCUUUAAAAAUCUUCUUCCCAAGAACCACUGAGCCAGAAAAGCUGAUAUUUACAUGAAAGCUUCCUAACAUAGUGCAGAGUUAAGUUUGUUCAAAUCAUGGCCCCCUAGGGUAGGAUGGGGCCACAAUAGGGGAUCAAAGUUUUACAUACAAAUAUAUAGGGAAAAUCUUUAAAAAUCUUCUUCUCAAGAACCAUUGGGCCAAAGAAGUUCACAUUUACAUGAAAGCUUUCUGACAUAGUGUAGAUUCAAGUUUGCAAAAACCAUGGCCUCCAUGGGUAGGUUGGGGCCAUAAUAGGGGCUACGGUUUUACAUGCAAAUAUAUAUGGAAAGUCUUCUGAUAUGGACCAAGGUGACUCAGGUGAGCGAUGUGGCCCAUGGGCCUCUUGUUUUAAAGUAGAAAGUGUCCUGGAAAAAAUUAAAACCACUGUUAGAUUCAAACUUGCUAUCAACAAGUGGGCAGUCUCGUCAGACACCCACCGAACAUGCUGAACAUAUCCUGCAAGACAAUGAUAUCUUAAAGAACAUGGACUAUGUUACUGAUACUUAUUGUAAAUCCUUAAAGCCAAAUGUAAAAGUUAAGUGACUUUCAUUCAACAGUUCUUACUUGCCACUGACUCAAAAAUAUUCUCCUGCAUUGAUUUUCUUCCAGACGUGAACCAAAAGCAAACUUGUCCGUGAAAUGUUGUUGAAAAUCAAUUCUUUAAAGGGUAUAGUGUUGUUUAAACUCUGUAGUACCAAUUUAUGAAGAACCGAUGACAGCAAGACAAAAAUAGUUUCCAAUGGCAACAUGGAAAGGACAGCAUGAAUUGUGAAAUCUUCCAAGUUUUCACUAACUCUAAACACGAUAAAAACAAACUUUAAGAUUAAAGUAAGAAAUACAAUUACUGGCUGAUGGAAUCUGCCAGAAUUUUGCAAAUAACCCUAAAUGGAACUGUUGAUAUCCUUUUUUGGGGAGACCCAUUAGUAUACAAUCGUUUCAAAAUUGCAGAUUGUACAUAAACAUGAUGACAAAGCUAGCAGACACCAGCCUUUAAUUUUGUUCGAUGCCAUGAAUCGAUAUUUCUUGAUAACUAUCAUUCCAAUUCUUUAAAAAUUUGGUAUAAAGCAUCUUUUUGGACAAUGGGGUACACAAAUUGUAAAUUUCAGGACUCCUGCACCCUUGGGGCUUUAGGGACAGAACAAAAAAUGAAAAAUUUACAAAUUCUCAUAAUCAACUGCACAUCUGUAAUAAAAACUAAAUGCAUGGUCAUAUAAGGCAAGAAAAACAUAAAUUUCAUGACCGCCGCGGUGGUCUAGAGGUUAGAGCGUUCACCCCACAUGCGGAAGGCCAGGGUUCGAAUCGCAGCCAUAGCAGACCUACUGCAAGUCGUUAAAACGGGUAGUGACAGUUCCAUUGCAAAACGCUUGGCAUCAGGUGUGAAUGUCACGGGUCCUCGGAGACGACCUUAAAAACAGAUGUCCUGUGUUACAGACUGACAGUAGUUGUGGCACGCUAAUGAACCCUCAGUCUCUCACUUCUCAAUGUCCGUAAGUACCUAGCAAAGGCCUAAAUUUGAAGCCCUUCACCGGUCUUGGUGACGUCUUCAUACGAAUGAAAAAUUCUUGAGAGAGACGUUAAACUAGAUACAAUCAAUCAUAAAUUUCAUGACCCCUGGGGUAGAGGUAAUGACUCAACUUUGUUAAAAGCAUUCAAAUUACAUUCAAUUGACAGGUCUAAAACCUUCCAUACUAGUCUGAAUUUCGCUGCUGUCAUAGGCGAGAAACGACUCCGUGACCUGGACCGGUAAAUGUCCUAGUAAAAAUAAACAGGUGAAAUCUAGAGAACGAUGAUGUAUAUCUUUGUCAUUUUAAGAACCUGUGACUUGAAAUUUGGCAUGCAAGUAGUUAUAACAUUAAUCUAUGCAAGGAAAACGACAAAUUACGUAUAGCAUACCUAAUUUAAGGUUUUUUAGGCAUUUGAAGCGAGUGGUUAGUUUUUUUUAUCUGGGUCAGAGUUAGAACACUUUCUAUAUUUAUGGUAUCACAGAGUUCGGUCCCAAAAUGGGCUUAGCCCCUAUGGGUGAAGUAUCACAAAUUUAGAUCUCAAUGAUUGGCUCCGCCUGUUUGGUUAGCUUCCAAAAUUUCAAAUCCAGGGUGUGCUCUGUUUACUUUUCUGAAUCAACUUCAAAUGUAACAUUUACUUUCCGAGAGUGGACUUGUAAGCUCUGUAUUUUCUUGUACUGUGUGUAUAUGUCUGUGAUAGUUUUCUCAUGGAAAUUUGGUUCAAAACUUGGCCUCUGGCCUUAUGUAGAUGUAUAUGAAAUUUUUAGGUCAAACUCAGGUGACCUAUUGCAAUUGGUUGCCGUCGUACGUUAACAAUUGAACAUUUUUAACUUCUUGAUAACUACCAGUCCAAUUCUUUUCAAAUUUGGUAUGAAGCAUCAUUUGGACAAGAGGGACAUAAAUUGUAAAUUUCAGGACUCCAGCACCCCUUUGGCCCUAGGAGUGGGGCAAAAACUACCUAAAAUUGACCAGUUUUCAAAAAUCUUCUUCUCAAGAACCACAAACGUGAAAGAAAAACUUAAUGCAUACUGAUGUAGAACAGGAAGGCCUUUACCAAAAUUAUAAAUUUCAUGAUCCCCGGGGUAGGGGUUCUGACCCCAGGGUGGGGCCAGACUUGGUUUAUAGUGUUUAAGUGUAAAACACUUAAAUAACAUCUUCUUUAGUGCUAUUGAUACUAAAUUGAAACUGAAUAAAUAUUUAGAAAGAACAGGUAGUCAUUUACCAAAAUUUUAAAUUUGAUGAUCCCGGGGGUAAGCAUUUUGGUAUCAGGGUGAGGCCAAAAUGGUCAGUUAUUAGAUGUGUGAACAAUAGACAUUUUUAACUUCUUCUUGAUAACUAUCAUUCCAAUUCUUUUCAAAUUUGGUAUGAAACUUAUUUGGAACAUAAAUUAUAAAUUUCAGAACUCCUGCACCCCUGGGGCCUUAGGGGUGGGCAAAAAACUACCCAAAAUAGACCUAUUCUAAAAAUCUUCUUCUCGAGAGCUGCACAUGUAAAAAAAAAAAAAAAAAAAAAAAAAAAAAAACCAACUAAAUGCAUAGUGAUGUAGAGCAGGAAAGCCUCUACCAAAAUUAUAAAUUUCAUGAUACCCGGGGUAGGGGUUCUGACCCCAGGGCGGGGCCAAACUUGUUAUAUAGUGUUAAUGUGUAAAACACUUGAAUAACGUCUUCUCUAGUGCUAUUUACACUAAAUAGAAACUAAAUGGAUAGAGCAGGUAAUCUUAUACCAAAAUUGUAAAUUUGAUGAUCCCAGGGGUAAGCGUUUUGGUAUCAGGGUGGGGCCAAAAUGGUCAGUUAUUAAAUGUGUGAACAGUAGACAUUUUUAACUUCUUCUUGAUAACUAUCAUUCCAAUUUUUUUCAAAUUUGGUAUGAAACAUAUUUGAAACAAGGGGGACAUCAAUUAUAAAUUUCAGGAUUCCUGGGGCCUUAGGGGUGGGGCAAAAACUGCCCAAAAUAGACCAAUUAAUUUUAAAAAAUCACCUUUCUCGAGAACUGCACGUGUAAGAAAAACUAAAUGCAUAGUGAUGUAGAGCAGGAAGGCCUCUACCAAAAUUGUAAAUUUCAUGAUCCCCGGGGUAGGGGUUCU